AUGGACAUGAUUCUGGAGGCAGAUGCAAAAAAUGUAUCUCAGCAUUCCUCGUCUUCUUCGGUUGUUGCUCUGGCAAUCAAGGGUAACAAAAAAAGCAAAUAUGUGGUACAAUGGGCACUUAAUAAGUUUGUUCCUGAGGGAAUGAUUAUCUUCAAGCUGAUACAUGUCCAUGCUGGUAUAAAAGGAGUUCCAACGCCAAUGGGAAAUGUGGUCCCUCUUUCACAAGUGCGCAGUGAUGUAGCAACUGCAUUCAAAAAGGAAGUGGAGUGGCAAGCAAACCAAAUGCUGCUACCUUUCAAGAGAAUGUGUGAGAAAAGAAAGGUGCAUGUGGAUGUUGUAGUGAUUGAAUCAGAUGAUGUGGCUAUUGCAAUAGCAGAGGAAGUGGCUAAGGGUGCUAUAACCAAACUUGUUGUUGGAGCUUCAUCUCGUGGCAUAUUUAAAAGUAAACAGAAGGGUAUGUCUACAAAAAUAUCAGUAAGCACUCCAAGAUUUUGCACAAUUUAUGUUAUUUCAAAGGGAAAAUUGUCCGUAAGACAAUCGGACAUGCCGAUUGCUGGAAGCAUUAUAGACGAUGCUAGUGAAACCAGUUUGUCUUCCAGCAACUCAUCAAACUACGCUUCCACCUCUCAGACAGAAUCUGCCUCAGUUUCAUCAUAUGCUGGUUUACACUCGUCUUCCCUAGCAACACAACGAUUUCAAGCUCUUUCAAGUAUAAAUAGUGCCCUUCUAAGCACAAAUUCGAGUUUAACUGACACUAACCAUUCUAGAGGCCAAUCUCUAGAUCUUGGGAGAGAAAAUACUGCUACAAGCUCUGCAAGAAACUCUGACAUUGAUCAUGCCUUAAGUCGAGUUUCUAGUUGCAAAAGCUUUAUUUCAGAUACUGAAACUUGGAUUUAUGAUCAAAAUUCUAGCAAGGAUGUGCCACUAGCAACUACACUUCCAUCUCCUAAUAGGCAGGCAAAAUUUAACCUUGAGCUGGAAAAGUUGAGAAUUGAACUAAGGCAUGCCCAAGGACUGCAUGCAGUUGCUCAAAGUGAGAAAAUUGAAGCAUCCCGAAAGCUGAAUGACCUAAGCAAGAGACGGGCAGAAGAAACCAUGAAAAUGAAGGAGAUUAUUGCUAGGGAAGAGAAGGCAAAGGAAUUAGCAAAACUAGAAAGAGAGAAAUAUCAGGAAGCAUCCAGAGAAGCUGUAUAUUUGAAAGAAUGUGCUGAAAGAGAGGCAGCAGAAAGGAAAGAAACAGAGUUGAAAGCCAUUCGUGCUGCAAAAGAUAAAGAAAAGUUGGAGGAUGCUCUAAGUGGUACAAUGCUGCAGUACCGGAAGUUUACAUGGGAUGAAAUAGUCUCAGCUACUUCAUCUUUCUCUGAAGAUCUGAGAAUUGGAAUGGGAGCAUAUGGAAUAGUAUACAAGUGCAAUUUGUAUCAUACAACUGUUGCCGUUAAAGUUCUCCGCACGAAUGGAAACCUCAAAAGCAAGCAAUUCCAACAGGAGUUAGAGAUAUUGAGUAAAAUUCGUCAUCCAAACUUGCUUCUUCUUCUUGGUGCAUGUCCUGAUCAUGGAUGUCUUGUAUAUGAAUAUAUGGAGAAUGGUAACUUGGAGGACAGACUGCUUAGGAAAAACAACACUGCCCCGAUCCCAUGGUUUGGGAGGUUUCGAAUAGCUUGGGAAAUCGCAUCAGCUCUUGCCUUUCUUCACAGCUCAAAGCCAGAACCUAUCAUUCAUCGUGACUUAAAACCGGCAAACAUCUUGCUAGGUCGUAACCUUGUUAGCAAAAUUGGUGACAUUGGCCUUUCUACAGUACUCCAGUCAGAUAAUUUAUCUACCAUGUACAAGGACACAGCACCUGUUGGGACACUCUGCUACAUUGAUCCUGAAUAUCAAAGGACCGGGUUAAUAUCUCCAAAAUCUGAUGUUUAUGCUUUUGGAAUGGUGAUAUUACAGUUAUUGACAGCAAAACCAGCAAUAGCACUUGCUCAUAAGGUUGAAACAGCAAUUGAUGGUGGGAAUUUGACAGAUAUAUUGGAUCCAGAGGCAGGGGCUUGGCCUUUUCAAGAAACACUAGAUUUGGCUUUGUUAGGAAUGAGCUGUGCAGAACUUAGGCGUAGAGACCGGCCUGAUUUAAAAGAUCAAGUUCUUCCAACGCUUGAGAGAUUGAAAGAAGUUGCUGAUAGAGCCCAACAUUCUGCUUCAACUGUUAUUAUUAAAUCCAAACCUCCUAAUCACUUUAUCUGUCCAAUACUUCAGGAUGUGAUGGAUGAUCCUUGUGUUGCUGCUGAUGGAUAUACAUAUGAUCGCAAAGCAAUUGAAAAAUGGCUUGAAGAGAACGACAAAUCACCAAUGACAAACAUGGUUUUGCCUCACAAGCAUUUAAUUCCUAAUUACACACUUUUGUCAGCAAUCUUGGAGUGGAAGUCCGGAGAAUCAUGA